AUGUCCAAAAGGCUCAGCCUCCAGUUGGAGCACAAUGUCACUGAAGAUGCCUGUUGUGAGACACACAGGAAAACAGCACAGCUAUUCUGUGAUGAUGACCAAAUCACACUUUGCAGCAAGUGUCACCAGUUCCAGGAGCACAAGUGUCACAUGGUAUAUGGAAUACAGGAGGCUGCUGAGAAAUACAGAAAGUUAUUUCAGGAAAUAUUGAACACAUUGAAGGUGAAACUUGAAGUAGCUAAAAGCAUAUUGGCUGAUGGGCAAGAAAGAAUGAUGAUGAUUCAGGAAGAAGAGCAGAAUUUUAAAGAGAUGAUCGAGUCUGAAUAUAGGUUAAGGUUCCGGUUGUUGACUGAAGAGAAUGAGCUGAACUUUCUGAGACUGAAUGGAUGCAGAUUUGACAUGAAUUUGAGAGAAGCGAGUCGGAAUCAACUGAUAAGAUUUGACACAGAGCUAGAGGAGAAGUCCCAGGAAAUGUUACAGAGACUGGACUGUGCGGUAAGAGAGAAUGUGAAUAAACUGAAGGAGAAUGAAGUCAGAGUUUCUGAACAGCUCUGUCAUCUCCAAAGGAUCACCAUGGAGCUUGAGAAGAAGUGCAGGGAGCCUGCCUUGGCAUUGCUCCAGAAUGCAAGACAUAAUUUAGAAAGAAGUGAGUCACUACUGCUUCAGUGCCUGGAACCUGCUCCUACCACAGACCUGAGUUCGUGUCAAAUAAAAGGAAUGAGCAGAAUGCUAGCAGUGCUCCAAAGAAAUAUAACUUUGGAUCCUGAAACAGCUCAUCCCUACCUGCUCUUAUCCAAGAACCUGAGCAGUGUAAGAAUUGCAAAUACCCAACAGAAUGUGCCCGGCAACCCAAACAGAUCUGACUUUAGUGCCACUGUGCUGGGUGUGGAAAGCUUCACCUCAGGGAAGCACUAUUGGGAGAUAGAAGUGGAAAAGGCCACCAAAUGGCAGUUGGGCAUAUAUAACUCUGCAGACAGAAAGAGCAACCAGAUGGAAGCUUCUGGAAAUAAACUGUUACUCAUGAGAUCCAUGAUGGGGACUGAUUACACCUUCUGGGUCUUUCCCCCUUUAAAAAAGGUCUGUGUGAGAAAGCAAAUGCACAAGGUUGGAGUUUUCCUAGAUUAUGAAUAUGGGCUGAUAUCAUUCUACAAUGUCACAGAUAAAUCUGUCAUUUAUAAUUUCUCUAAUCUCACCUUCCAAGGAGCCGUUAGACCUAUAUUUUCUCUUUGCAUUCCAAAUGGAGACCUGAAUUCAGAUUCUCUCGCUAUCUGCCCCCCUCAUUUUCCUUCCUGA